AUGAGUGAGAGAGACGGAUCAAGAUCUGGCGUGUUUGUGAGCAGUGCAUGGCCACCGCCCACCUCGCUCUCGUCCACCUCCUCCCAACUCACCAACGCCCUCACGACCCUCUGCACUUCCUCCUACCCCACCUUCCUCUCGCUCCACACCUCAACAUCCUCCCUUCACUCAUCUCUCGACACCUUCUCCACCUCCCUCUCAACAUUACUAGACACACUUCCCGCCCUCGAAUCCUCCUCGAAAUCAUUCUCCACCCAAAUCAAACACGUCCAAUCGGAACGCCAAAAGGCGUCGCUCGUGCUUGACCAAUCCUCAAAACUAAACGACAUCCUCGAACCCCCCUUUCUCACCGAGACAUGCAUCCUGAACGGCUUCUACGCCGAGGCUCUCGAUCUUCAUUGUCACGCGGCCGCUCUCGCAUUUAAGUUCCCGGACGUGAGGGUGGUGGCGGAUGUGAAGGCUGAGGUAGAUGGGGCAAUUAGGGGGUUGGUGCAAGGGUUGGUGGGGACGUUGAGGGAGCCGGGGGUCAAGCUUCCGGCGCUUUGGAAGGCGGUCGGUUUUUUGAGGAAGAUGGGGGUGUUCGGAGUUGGGGAGGAAGGGGAAGAGGAAUUGGCGGUGGCUUUUUUGAGUGGGAGGGGCGAGUGUUUGGAGGCAGCGUUGAGGGCUGUUGGUGCGGGGAUGGAGGGUGAGGUUGGUGUGGGCCUGGGUGUGGGUGCGAGUGUCGGGAAGGAGGGCUGGGUUAGAUAUCUCAAGAAGUAUAUGGAUAUGUGGAGGGAGGGCGUACAUGACGUCGUCACCCAAUUUUCGACUAUCUUCCUCACACCUUCUACCUCUUCUACUUCGACCGGAACGUCAACGCCACCGAAAACACUUACCCCACUCCCCCUUCGCCCAAGUACCCCAACUCUCUCCUCCCCCACGUCUUCGACCUCACCACGAACCCCCUCCACCUUCAUCCUCACCCUCCUCCCGACCUUCACAUCCAACGCCAUACACACCCACCUCCUCCCCACCCUCCAUACAGUUCUUCCUCACAUCCAAGACCCCUCAUCGCUCACAUCCCUCCUCACCCAACUCACCUACUGCGCCACCUCCUUCUCCCGGAUCGGCCUGGACUUCAGAGGCCUGUUAGGCCCGAUCUUCGAGGACACCGUCCGGUGGAGCGUCGAAUCCGCGCUAAAGAGCGCGACGGAGGAGUUCGUCACGCUCGUGCAGAGGGAGACACAGUUGGGAACGCGCACGAAGGGGAGAAGAUUGCCGAGCGCGUGGUUAGUUUCGACGACCCCUCUAGGCGCGAUACAGGUUCCGCAGGCGGUUCAGGCGAACGUGUUGGAUGGGACGCCGGCGCAUGUUCCGCCGCAUAUGUUGACUUCGUACCCUCCGCUCGCGGUCUAUGUGAAUGCGAUUUUAACGACGUUCAAUUCUUGGAGGUUGCUCGCUCCGGCUGCGUUGUUACCGGUACUCCUAUCGGAUCUAGAUGAGGCGUUAGCGACGAGUGGGGAGGUGUUGUUGAAUUAUGUGAGGAUCGUCGAGGAUGGACUGAGCGGGGCAGAAGGAGACGACAACGAGACAGAGACAGAGAAGGGAGUGAGGGAGAAGGAGGUAUUCGUGGUUAGGCGGGCGGGUGAGGUUUGGGUGAGGGUGCUUGUUCCGUUUUUGAGGAGGGGCAUGAGCGAGGGCGUUUAUGGGGCUCCUUUGGAGGUUGUGGAUGGAGAGGACGGCGAGGAGAGGAAGGUUGGAGAGAAACUGGAGCGUGUUAUGGUCGAGUGGAGAAGCUGGCUGGAGGGAGGGAAGGAGAAGGAACAUAGCGCCGAGUGA